CCGCGAGGCGGGCAGGCCCCGGGGGAGCCGGGCUGCGGCCGCGGCUGGGGGGCAGGCGGCGUGGGGUGGGACCGCUCGCCCUGGCUCGGCUCGGCUUGGCUCGGCUCACCCUGGCUGGGCUCGCAGCCAGGCCCGGACGCGCCGCUGGUGGGGGCCCCCCUCGCUGGGGCUCCCAGCAGGAAGAGCUGCUGCCAGGUUUCGUUUUCGGGCUGGGGAAGCCGGGGAUGCUGGAGCCUUCCCGGGGCUACGCGGCGGCAGUGGCUGGGCCGCUGCGGUGCUGCCGGCGAUGGAGCUGCGGGACUACCAGUGGGAAGUGAUCACCCCGGCCCUGGGUGGCGAGAACAGCAUCAUCUGGCUGCCCACGGGCGCCGGGAAGACCCGCUGCGCCGUCCACGUCUGCAAGAGGCACCUGGAGACCAGGCAGCGAGGCAAGGUGGCCGUGCUGGUCAACAAGGUGCACCUGGUGGACCAGCACGCCAAGAAGGAGUUCCACGUGCUCCAGGACGCCUUCAAGAUCACAGCUAUCAGCGGGGACAGCGACCAGAAAUUCUUCUUUGCCUGGGUGGUGAAGCAGAGCGACAUCGUGAUCUGCACUGCCCAGAUCCUGCAGAACGCGCUGGUCAGCAAGGAGGAGGACUUGCACGUGGAGCUGACGGAUUUUUCCCUGCUGGUGAUAGACGAGUGCCACCACACGCACAAGGACGCUGUCUACAACAAAAUCAUGCUGAAUUACCUCCAGCACAAACUGAGAGGGCAGCAGAACCUGCCACAGAUCCUGGGUCUGACGGCGUCACCCGGCACGGGGGGUGCAACGUCCUUCGAGGGAGCUGUGGAGCACAUCCUGCAGAUCUGUGCCAACCUGGAUACUGCUAAAAUCAUGUCAGCCCGGGAGCACCUCCAUCACCUGCAGAUCCAAGUCCCUCAGCCCAGGAAGCAGUACAACUUGUGCCAGGAGAGGGUGCAGGACCCCUUUGGAGACCGGCUGAAGAAAAUCAUGGACCAGAUCCAGCGGUACAUGGGCACACCGGGUCUGCCGCAGGACUUCGGCACGCAGAUUUAUGAGCAGCGCAUUGUGGAGCUGGAGAAGAAAGCAGCAGAGACGUUUUGUCGCAAGACCCGCGUGUGCGCGCUGCACCUGCGGAAGUACAACGAUGCCUUGUUGAUCAACGACACGGUGCGCAUGAUCGACGCCUUCCAGUGCCUCAGGGAGUUCUACCUCCUGGAGAGGGACAUGAAGGAUCCAACAGAGCGUUUCCUCGCUGCCACGUUCGAGGAGAACAGGACGUGCUUGCUGGAGCUCGCCGGGGACCGGCAGUACGAGAACCCGCUGCUGAGCGAGCUGGAGGAGAUCCUGCAGGAGCAGUUCCAGUCUCUGGGCACUUCUCGCGGCAUCGUUUUCACCAAGACCCGCCAGAGCGCCUACAGCCUGCACAGCUGGCUGAAGGACACGGCGUCGCUCCGCGGGCUGGACAUCAGGGCUGCUGUUCUCACCGGGGCUGGUUACAGCAACCAGACCAAGCACAUGACGCAGAACGAGCAGCAGGAUGUGAUCAUGUCGUUCCGCAAGGGAGACCUCAACCUGCUCUUCUCAACCAGCGUGGCCGAGGAGGGCCUGGACAUCCUGGAGUGCAACAUCGUGGUUCGCUACGGGCUGAUGACCAACGAGAUCGCCAUGGUGCAGGCCAGAGGCCGUGCCCGGGCCGAGAACAGCACGUACUCCAUCCUCGCCAGAGCAAGCAGCAGAGAGGUCUCCCGGGAGCUGCUCAACGAGGAGCUCAUAGAGCUCAUGGCCAAGGCGAUCAGAGAGGUGCAAGACAUGCCCGAGAGGGAGUACCGCCUCAAGAUCAUGGAGCUGCAGCGAAAUGCUGUCGUCAGCUGCAAAGUGAAGGAAGCCAAGAACAGCGAGAGGCGGCAGUUGCACGACCCGGGCACUGUUUACCUCUACUGUGUCAACUGCAACGUGGCGGUGUGCCACGGCAGUGACAUUCGCACCGUGGAGGGCAUGCACCAUGUCAACAUCAACCCCCUCUUCAGGUUUUAUUACAGAGUCACACCUGGGAAAGUGCAGUUCGAGCGGUCUUUCAAGGACUGGGAGCCUGGAUGCCGCAUCGUGUGCAGUGAGUGCAGCCAGGACUGGGGAAUGGAGAUGAUCUACCGGGGGGUGAAGCUGCCCAUCCUCUGCAUCAAAAACUUUGUGGUGGAGACACCGUUUGAAAAGAAGAAGUACAAGAAGUGGAGCAGCGUGACGUUCUCCGUCGAGGAGUUCGACUACCUGGAGUACUGCUCCAGCAUCGCUGACGAGCCCUUCUAGCGCGGGGUCUGCUUAGGAGAGACUGUUCCAGGCCACCUCCUGGGGCUGAAGGGUCCAGAAAAACCUGGUAAGGGACUCGGAUGGGAAAGAGUCCGAGCCCUUUCCUGCUCGCUGUCUAGCUGCUCCCCGUGUCGUGCCUUGCCCUCCUUUCCCCCAGUUCUCGCAGGCAGGGGGGUGCAGGACCCCAAGCCCCCUCCCCAGCUCUGCUGCCAGCCACUGCCUUGUCCCGCGGGAAUGAACUGUCUGAUGGUUUUUGCUUUCCCUGGGGCAUAGGAGAGUGCCUGUAGGAGCAGGAGGAUGUCGGGGAUGCCAUCCUCGCCCUCUGCCAGGCCCUCUGUGCAGCACGGGGCCCCGUUCAGCUCAGUGGGGCCCUGCAAGCCUGGCCGUGCUGGACUGCGGUGCCCGCAGAGCCGCAGCGUCUCUGCAGCUCUCUUCCCUGGCUGUUUCUGCAGCCCGUACACCACCGUGACGUGAGAACCAGCCAUUUUAACGGGCCCAGGACGUGGUCCAGCUUUACUCUUGCAGUCUCUGAUCUGUUUUAUGUUGUUAAUUGUCCUCCAUUAAAGCCUGGUGCACGUGCGCUGGCUAGGA